AUUAUCUUGCAACAUGAUAAUCAAGGUUGUGAUACUCUUGGUCACGGUACUGUGGCCCCUCUCAUUUCUAACUUCAGCUGAUGAAGCUAAAACAUUUAACAAUGGUUUCACCAUUGAUCUUAUCCACCGUGACUCACCAUUAUCACCCCUCUACAACCCUUCACUGACUCCAUCCGAAAUCAUUAAAAACGCCGUGAAGCGCUCCGUUUCUCGAACCAGCCGCUUCUUCUUCCCGGACAAAGCCGAGGAAGGGGAGGAGGAGAGCGUGUUGAUUCCAGACAGAGGAGACUACCUCAUGAAGAUCUUGAUUGGUACCCCUCCAAUGGAGUCACUCGCUGUUGCGGACACAGGGAGUGAUCUUGUUUGGAUACAAUGCUUGCCUUGUGAGCAGUGUUACUCACAAAACGCUCCAAUCUUUGAUCCCAAAAAUUCUUCUACUUUUGAGACACUAACUUGUGAUUCUGAGUCUUGUAGAUCGUUAUCUAGAUAUGGUUGUGGAAGUUCAGGAGAAUGCAGGUACCUCUUUCAUUUACGGAUACUCCACAAUUUGUGUCGUAUCUAUAUAUUAUAUUAA